AUGGACUCAGCUCUCGAAGACGAGUGUCAAGCAAUAAACGCAAUAUACUCCGACGCUACACUGGUAGUCCUAUCUCGAGAUCCAACAAUCUGCUCUCUAGAACUACCCGAAGAAGCAAACAUAUCACUACGCUUAGAGUUCCCUCCAGACUAUCCAGAUGCACCUCCUUCUAUUCUGGGCACACAAUCCGUGGGCGAAAAUGUUGCAAAAGGCCAAGGCACCAUUGCCGUCGACAUUGCCCGUGAUGUGCUGGCACAAGUCUAUCAACCAGGUUCCCCAUGCAUAUUCGAUGUCAUGGAAGAAGUCACUCAGAGACUUCAGCAGUACAACGAAGAAACCAGCAAAAAUCAAGGGUAUCAAGAGCAACAAGAUGCUCAAAGGAGAGGUCAGCAAAACGCCUCUGAAGCCGACGAAAGCCAUACCCAAGAUCCCUCUGACGAAAUGCAGUCUUUAGACUUGCUCUUGGACAAGGAACCGCCGUGGGUUCUCUCGGACGUUAUUACAGAGAAGAAAUCAGUGUUUGUUGCUAGAGCUGCUAAGGUGUCUUCGCCAGCAGAGGCAAAGUCUUAUCUAGCACACUUGCUUGCAACAGACAAAAAAGUCGCCAAAGCUACACAUAACAUCACGGCAUGGCGCAUUCAUGGACCCAACGAGACUGCAUUCCAGGAUUGCGAUGAUGAUGGAGAGACGGCUGCGGGUGGGAGGUUAUUGCAUCUUAUGCAACUGAUCGAUAUCUGGGAUGUCAUGGUUGUGGUCACGAGAUGGUAUGGUGGUGUGCAUUUGGGUCCCGAUCGGUUCAGAUUGAUCAACUCUGCUGCGAGAGACGCUUUCGUAAAGGGUGGUUAUGCUAAAGAUCCGAGCAAGCCAGAAGCGAGCAGCAAAAAGAAAGGAAAAAAAUAG